CGGGCAGACAUCUGGAGGAAGGCUGACACCGCGAGCCCUGGAAGAGGGCGUCUGGGAUCAGAGAGCCCUGGGCCCUGGCUGAGAGUCCCAGGACCCUCCGGAGGAAGGAGGGGUUUGGAUUCGGCAUCGGCAGACAGGGACACGGAAGACACUCCAGGGCCCGGCAGAGGUAAAAGGAGUCGGCCAGGAGAGAAGCCUGCUCAGAGCAGUUACUGAAAACAGGAACCUGCCCUUCACGUCCCGCACGCCUUCCUUGUUUCUAGCAGAGGAAGUGUGCAGCCCAUUUAGCAACUGCUGUUCUUGAUAGCAUGGGCUUCUCUCCACCCACGGGAGGCCUGGACGCCUGCUCACUCUGCCGCAGCAGCAGCGGGUGAUGGAGAGGCAGUGACAGUGCUCCUGGCAGCCCCUCCUCAGCUACUGCCGGGGAAGACUAUGCCCAGCUUUUGAAGGCUUCGAGCAUCUUCGACAGCCCGGAGAGAGCGAGAAAUGGGAAACAGCAUGCGAUCCACCCCAUCACCUCCUGAGAGGCCUCCGCCCAGCACUGAUGGACUGGACAGUGACUUCCUGGCUGUGCUGAGUGAUUACCCAUCUCCUGAUAUCAGCCCCCCGAUAUUCCGCCGAGGGGAGAAACUGCGAGUGAUUUCUGAUGAAGGGGGCUGGUGGAAAGCCAUUUCCCUCAGCACCGGUCGAGAGAGUUAUAUUCCUGGAAUAUGUGUGGCCAGGGUUUACCAUGGCUGGCUGUUUGAGGGGCUUGGCAGAGACAAGGCUGAGGAGCUGCUGCAGCUGCCAGAGACGAAGAUCGGCUCCUUCAUGAUCAGAGAGAGUGAGACAAAGAAAGGUUUUUAUUCUCUCUCAGUGAGACACCGGCAGGUGAAGCAUUACCGCAUCUUCCGCCUGCCAAACAACUGGUAUUACAUUUCCCCAAGGCUCACAUUCCAGUGCCUGGAGGACCUGGUGAACCACUAUUCCGAAGUGGCUGAUGGCCUCUGCUGUGUGCUGACCACACCCUGCCUCACUCAGAGCAUGGCUGCCCCGGCAGUGAGGGCCCCCGGUUCACCCGUCACCUUACGCCAGAAGCCUUUUGACUGGAAGAGGGUGUCCAGACUGCAGGGGGACCCGGAGGGAGCAAAGAGCCCACUAGGUGUAGAUGAGUCUCUUUUCAGCUACGGCCUUCGAGAAAGCAUCGCCUCCUACCUGUCCCUGACCAGUGACGGCAGCACCUCCUUCGACAGAAAGAAGAAGAGUGUCUCCUUGAUGUACAGUGGAAGCAAACGGAAGAGUUCCUUCUUCUCAUCGCCACCAUACUUUGAAGACUAGCUCAAAACAGUCACUAUGGUGCACACCCACAAGAUCAGAGGUUUGGACUAUCACCUGGGAUCUUGCGAAGAGGCCUUGUUCCCUGGUCCCCAGGGAACCUCACAUCUUCCAGACCCAAGAGAAGCCACAUGGAGACUCAAACUUGAAUCUUCUCUGUCCACAUCAUGACAAAGGGAGCCCCUCCCUAGUGUCUGAUCUGAGAUGUCACGAAAUGUCAAAUCGCGAUAUAAGAGGGCAACGUCUCAGAAGAGCCCUACAUGUGUGCGUGUGCUUGUCAUGUCUGCGGGAAAGAUGCCGACACUCUCACAGGAAAGUGCACAAGGACCAUCCUCCAUAAACCAUCCAGAUGGUCACGCAUGAAAUCAUUAGAGAGAACUUCCAAAUGAGAAAAACCUGAGAAGGAGACGAGCCAAAAGCUGUGGCCCAGCAGAAGGUCUGGGUUUGCAAACUGUCCCUGCACUGAACUUUUCUAACACAUCCAUAGAAAGACCUUAGGUGUGCAGCGCCUCUCUUUUUAAGGGAACUCAGUGACACUAAACAUGAACCGCCCUUAUUAGCCCUGAAUCAGGAGAGCCCUUUGGCCUGCUGGUACCAAAGCCACAUGUGCAGAAGUCAGAUGGCCUCCCUGCUUCUGCAGAGGGCAAGACAAAUGGGAGAGGGGGAGGCUGCUGGGGGGAAGCACGAGGGCGGGCCGGGACCUGUGCACAUUGCCACGAUGUCCCAGCCAUGGCUUUGCAGAACAGAAGGAGUUUCUCUGGCAUGCUGAGAUUCUUGUCUGUAUAAAUGCAUCAGUUAUUUAUCCAUAAGUGCCAGAAAAGGCAUUGUGUUAAGUCCCACAUAGGUUGGCAGGUCAAAAAGGGAAAAAGAGGAAUAAGCCUCAGGUUCCAGCAGAGGUGCUCACAGUGUAGACAGAAAGAAAUGUGUAUAAACAAGUGUCAUGGAAGUGGGAUGUAAAAGCAGAAAUCUGCUCAUGGCUUCAGGUGGGACUGGGGUCAGGUAAAGGUGACCCGGAGCUCCUGUCUCAGCUGGACAUUCAGAGAGCAGAGGAUUGCCUGAUUGAGUUGGUGAGAAUGGUUGCAUCUUUUGAAAAAAGGAAAUUGAUAAGUUCUAAAGAAUUAACUCAUCCAGGAUUUUAUUCUAAGAAGGGUCUGCCAUCUGCAUGAAUAAAAAUGCUGAGCUCCCAUACAAAUGGGAGAGUAGCUUAAUUCUGUCAUAUAUAAUUUUAAGAGAUGAGAGAGAAAACACAGGGAAGAUCUAGAGAAGGAGUAUUUAUCUCCAGGCAUCCAUCCGGGUCCUGUUAGGAAGGGGGCGGCGGUGCAUCGUGACUCAUUUUCCCCCCACUGCAGAGGGAGUCAGCAGCAGAGGGGGGCAUGCAGUAACCCUCACCGCCUGAUCUGAGGGGUCUGUCUGUUCACCAUACGCAUUCCACGGACCUGAGAUCACUGGGCUGGUGGUGUGUGUAUAUGCAUUUACAUGAUUCUGGGUAUCACCAGAUUCCAGUGUGUUUAUACAAGAAGAUAUUUGUGGUUUCCUCAGCAAUCCUAAAAGGCUGUUUCAAAGGGACCAGUCAGUAUAUGGGAAUGAAUAUGACACUGUGAAUGCUGACUUCCACCAUAAGGCAGAGUGGCCUCACAGACCCCAGAUGUUUGUACAAUGUCUUAGCUAUUGUUUACUAUUGUGACUAAUGUGGUUGGAACAUUUCGGGGGUACUCAGAGGGGUUUCUAAGUGGGAAGCAUUACACUUUGCUAAAUCAUGUAUUUAUUCCUGAUUAAAAUAAACCUAAUAAAUAUUUAA